AUGCAGAAAGAUAAAGAAGACCAGUGGCUAGAGAAAAAAGUGCAGGGAAAUAAAGACCACAUUAUUUUGGAGCAUCUACAGUGGACCAUGGGGUAUGAAGUUCAAAUUACAGCUGCCAACAGAUUGGGCUAUUCAGAACCGACAGUCUAUGAGUUCAGCAUGCCACCAAAGCCCAACAUUAUUAAAGACACACUUUUUAAUGGUCUUGGUCUUGGAGCCGUCAUUGGCCUGGGAGUUGCUGCACUCUUGCUAAUCCUUGUGGUAACAGAUGUCAGCUGCUUCUUCAUUCGACAAUGCGGGUUGUUAAUGUGCAUCACCAGGAGAAUGUGCGGGAAGAAAAGUGGCUCUAGUGGCAAAAGUAAAGAACUGGAAGAAGGAAAAGCUGCAUACCUGAAAGAUGGAUCAAAAGAGCCAAUAGUGGAGAUGAGAACAGAAGAUGAAAGAAUUACUAAUCAUGAAGAUGGAAGCCCAGUAAAUGAGCCAAAUGAAACCACACCACUAACAGAACCUGAAAAAUUGCCUUUAAAAGAAGAGAAUGGGAAAGAAGUCCUAAAUCCAGAAACUAUAGAAAUUAAGGUUUCUAAUGACAUCCAAUCAAAAGAAGACGACAGCAAAGCAUAACACCAAGAUUACAGAGGCUUGAGCAAUGCUACAAAGAGCAUUCGGAUCGCAGUGUGACCCUAUGACCAAAACUAUUCCAUUGACCUUAAUUUCUUGGGAAACUUCUAGCUUGGAAUAGCUUGUACACAUAUACAUAUGAUCAAAUACUCCUGCCCAUGGUCCAUUUCCUUUUGUUGUUGUUGUUGUUCUUGCUGUUGUUUAUUUUGUUGAGAAUUUCAAUAUAGAGACCUGACUGGCACUGAAACUUGGGUACAAUGUGACUCUAUGAUUGAAGUACUGCAAUUUAUUAUAUGGCUAAAAUGCUCUACUUCGUAAGAACUUAUAUUUCAUACCACAAGCUCUCCAACAAAUAGGGGUUUAAGAACACAACAAAACAAAGCAAAAACUUUGUGAGCUAACUGUAUAAGAAAGCCCUGCAUGUAUUUUAAUCCUAUCUUGAGCAAAUAGAUUAGUAAAGUGGACUUCAGUUUAAGAUGAAAAUUCUUAAUCAAUGUUUAUACUUUAUCAGGAGAAUUUCAGGGAACCCGGGCUUGAAGGAGCCAGCUAUCUUCAGCAAAUAUUAAAAAUGGAGAGAAACUUUGGCAAACUCUUUUUAAGUUAUAAUUACAGUCUAUUUGAACAUGGAUUUUUGAUAGACAGAAGUGCCAGAUCAAAAUUGUUACCCACUUGAAUGAAUAUUAGUUGUGUGUAAAUUAGAUUAGAAAGAUUCCAUAAAUCUCUAUCGCUUUAUAUAUGCCAUAAUCACUCACAAUGGAUUACACACAAAAAAAAUGUAUUGCAAGUGAAAGUAAUAUUGAUUUCUGCCCUCAGCUUCAAAUAAAGUAAAUUGAAAUGGGAACAAUAUCAAUGUCGUCUUAAUAUAUUUAAAAAUAUGUGAUUAUCAUUUACUUUUAAAUAAUUUUAUCAAAAAACAGGUCUUUAGUGUCCAAAUACUUCAAACCAUAUUUUCUCAUACAUUUUUUGCCCAUUGUUUUCAAUAAUCUUUCUUUAAAAAUUUGUUUUUCAGGUGUUAUCGGUCAAUCAUUAAAUGUAAUUGGCUAAUGGAAAUUAAAAUUCUUAGUUUGGUUAAAUUAAGGAGAAAUCAAUAUUUAAACAUGCCAUAAAAGUGUCAACGAUAAACAACUGAAUUGCCACUAUCUGUUUUUAUUCGGAUGUUGUAGCUAGAAGUUAUUUUAAGAUUUUGAUAAACAACUUUGGUUAAAGAAAUUCCUCAACUAUUCAAUACAUACUUUCUAAUAUUACUCAUUAGGGCCUACACCCGAACAAAAUGCUUACUAACUUCCAAGCUAUGCAAGCUCCCAGAGGUAAAAGACUGAAACGUGAUUUUCACUUACAUGUAAGGUAAAAGAAAAUGUAUUUAUGAUUUUAAAUAUACAUACCAAUUGGGAGCAGGUUUUAGAUUAUUUCUUAUCCUACAGAGCCAAAUGUUUCUUCAGUCUCCAUCACAUGCAUAACCUUUAAUGUUUCAGGUGGUAUUAUAGUUCAGAUAUUGGGGGAUGCAUUCCAAUAAAACAUUGGAGGGAAGUUUUAACAGUGCAGAGCGACCUGCUUUUAGGGUAUCUCUCUAUAGAGAUAAUUUGAUGAACAUUAAAUGUAAUGUCAGUGCCACUUAUGAACACUUUUAUAUGCAAAGUGCUUAAAAUUCGUAGGCAAGGAGAGACAGCUAGCUGAUUUGACAAAAUUUGGGUUAUCAGCAAGACCAAACAUGUAUCCAUCUGCAUGUUCAGGCACUAAAUCUCCAGUGUCAUUACAGGGUUAUAAUGCAGGAUUCUCUACUUGCUAGUCUUCCUGGCGUAUUCUGAAGAAAAAGAAAAGAAUUCCCGUGCCUACCUAAGAACUUUAGUAGGAAUUAUCCAGAUGGUCUUUUUGAUGGAUUUGUUGCUGUGUAAGCUAUGUUUGAUCUCAUCUGUUUGCUUUACUUUUUUUUUUCAUCCUUUUAUAUCAAUGUACUAAAACUAGUCAAAAUACUUGAAUUAGUUUGUGCAAAGUAAAUGGGCUUUGUAAAGUGUCUAUGAAGCAAUAGCCAUGAAUGCUAAUUUUUCUUGGUUAGGGUUACCUGGAUUUAAACUAAUUAUGGUGAAAGAAUUAGGAAAAUUUAGCAAUUUCGCAUGUUUACCAUUGUUACAUUCGUGCUAUACUUCAAGAGCAGAGAAAUCAUAAUAAAGAACAAAUAUUUUUGUGUUUUCUCAAUUUGAAAGUUUUAUUUUUCUCAUUUUUUUGGACUUUCCAUGUAAAGCAAUUUACUUAAAUAUUCCAUAUAUAUAUAUAUAUAUGAUUUGAAUUUUUUGCCACUAAUGUGGAGAAAUGAUCUGAAGUUAGCAGGUAAUCUGGAACUAAUUGAGGACAGAUUGUUUCAAGUGAACUGUUUCAGUUGUCUGAGUGGUCCUUAUCUCUUGUCUUUGAAAUGUAUGCCACACAGGAACAAGGCAGUACUGUGAUAAACUUUUCCUUUUUAACAUUUUUAUGGAAUGCUCCAAAUUACUCUAUUUGUAAACGUUUCCAUAUAAGAGAUGGAUUUUGGUAAUUUGUAAAAUAUGAAUAGAACUGAAAUCAUCUGUUUCUUAUUUUUCAUUCUUCUUCUAGACUAAACAUACCUAUGUAACUGUAUAAAUGUUAUUUUUUACUGUCUGAAAGUACUCUUAAGUGUUAGGAUAAAAUGUCAAAAGAAUUGACUGAAUAUAAGUGCUAUUAAAUAAUCGAACCUAUGUUCUUUAAAAAAAAGAAGCAAAGACAUCACUAAAAAUAUUGGUAUUUCAUGACAGGUUAUGUGCAAUUAGGCAAUGACAAUCUACACUCAACAACAUAGGAGGAAACAGUAAUAUCAGCAUUUUAGUAUGUAUUUUGCUUUUACAACCGGCACAAAUUAUGUGUGAACAUAUUUCACAAUGAUUUGCAAAGAACUUUAAUUCAGAAUUGUGAUUUCUAAAGAUUUAUUUAUUACUUUUGUGAGUCAGCAUAUUACCAUUCUAUACUAAUGUCUAACAUUAAUGUAAUGCUUCACACAUUUUCCUUUAUUUUUAAUAUUAAUACAUACAUAAGCAUUUUUCAAAAACUAGUUCAUCCAGGAAAGUUUACACAAAAUCCUAGUCUUUGAAUUAAGUGUUUAUAUAAAUAGAAGGAUUUUAUUAAUGAAAUUAUUUAUUUGAGUGCCAAUAAUUAAUUAUAAUUUUAUAAUCAUACCUUUAUUUUAUGCUUGUUAUUUUAAAUAAUUAAGAUGUAUUUGUGCCUUUAGAUUAGCAUGACAGUCUGCUUUUUAAAAGAAAAAAACACAACUGCCAUCUUUAUUGACAUAUUUUGCUCCUAUCUGUGACACUUGAAUGAUAGUGUCAUAAUUUUAUUCAGUGAAUAAGCUCAAUUCAAACUACUUUGCCUUGAAUACAAAAUCUAAAUAUAACAAAUUAUACUGCGUAAUUUAUUUCCACUUAUAACAAAACAAUUAUUUAGAUGCACACACAAAAUAUACUUAAUUUCUCCUGUAAUAUCAUUCUGAACAAUAAAUACAUUCUAAAUAUUGUUGAAAGUGAGUUUCACCAGUGCUAAGACAAAGCAACAGAUGACAUCUUAAAAUAAGGUAAAUUAUUAUGGUGUCACUUGGAUCUACAUUACUCCUGUUAAAUGUUUGAUUUGGGAUAAUAAAUCAUCCUUUAUUUUUGAUAAGAAAAUCACUGAUGAAAAUAACUAACUGAAGUGGUAAAAAGAAUAAUCUCUUAAUUUGUUAAUUUAAGAAAUAUUAGAAUUACAUAUUACAAUUACUUAUUAAAAUCGCAAUGUUCUUUUUCAUGGAGAAUAAUUUAAUUGCUCAGUUUCAACCCCUUACUCAUGUAGGUCUUUGUCAUAAUCAUAUCCAGAGUGCUUAUUCAACAGACUUAUGAGUAGGUGAAGAUGUUUUUUAAAUGGAUUGUUUGCAUAAUUUACCUUCACAGAGAAAAAAUUUGCAUCUUAUUAACCCUUUGAAGCAUUAUUAGUUUUUUUCUCACAUUGAACUUUCAUAUGGAUGUAUUAGCAUAUGCUAAAAUUAUUGGUCACAGAAAUGAAAUACUUCAAUCCUAAAAUGAAACUCUUUCAAGAAAGUAGUCUAUUUAUGGGCUUAACAAUGUUCCCAGAUGAGGCAAUUAUCUGUAAAUGAAAAAGUUAUAAAAGGGUCUACACAUGGUAGUUGUUGAAUAAAUAUAAUUUUCUUCCAGAUCCCUCCUCUCCUUUUUUAAAAAUUGCAUUUACCUAAGUAGAUGCAGCUAUUUUACAACAUUAUACAAGAUUGCUAAUAGAUUAUUUCCCCUCAUAGACUUUUAUAUUAUAUAUAAUACUUAAUAUUUAUUUGAUAACACAUUUAAUAUUCUCAGAAAAUAGUUCAUUAGUCAUGAUAAGAUUUAAUGACUAACAAAUACAUUAGUUGGUACCACCUCUUUAUUUGUUUUAUAAUAUUAAGAAAUAAACUACAUGCUAUUCACAACUAUUAAUAUAAAAAUUGCCCAUACAAGUUUAAUAUUGCCACUUUUUUUUUUCUGAAAUAAAAACACCUAUCUUUUGGCAUCUGGUUUCAGCAAAGAAAUGACUGUUGGAGCAUUUCAAAUCACAACCAGGCAUAAGAGACUAGAGGAAAAAAGUACUGAGAGAGUCCAGAAAAGAAAACUGAACGCUUAUAUUUUGAAUAUGUAAGAAGGACUUCGUGUCAGAAGAGCUGGACCAGGGACUAGGAAUAUUGCUUAGGUGAAAGUUAAGGUCAAUUAUACUGAUGGAAAGGAGAAAACUUAGUGAAAUCCAAAGGACAAAGUUAACAUAUAGAACUUAUAAUUCAAUUUUGAAAAUAUGAUUUUUUAGAGAACAACAUGCAUUAUAUAAAAUAAAUGGUCCUGUUAAGAGCAAACAUAUUUGUUCCAAUUCUUGAAGGAAUGUUCAUGGUUUUGCAUUUGCCUCUAAACUCUGUUAGGAAUAUGUGAACUUCUUAGAAAUAAAAGUUAAAAAAAAAAGACUUUUGGGGGGGGCGUAUGUGAAUUCUAUGCUGUGUUCAGUAUGCAUUAAAACAUACUUUUAUUUUCUUUAACUUAUAUAUUCCAGUCAAAUUCUAUAUUCUUAAGUUAGCUACCACAAAGUUUUCUUAUUGUUUUAAUAUAGUAUGUCCCUAUGAAAUGCUGUAUAUAUAUAUGUCUAAACUGUACAAAUUAUACUGCAAAUGUUGAAGUUUUGUAUUUAUGAGAGACAUUGAAAGUAUGGCUUACAGUAUAUCAAAAUUGUCACUCUUCACCAUUUGUAUAUUAAUAGUAAAGAUAAUUUUACUUUAAU